GACGCUGAAGGUAUUGUUGUGUUAUUAGAGCAAACAUGGUUAAAAGAUACCUCGAUGCCAGUGAUGAACAUGAAGAUGACUGUCCCGUUAAAUUUGAAAAUGGGAUCUUGUAUACAGGGGAAAGAGGAGUCACUAACACUCGUAUAUUUGGAGUGUUUUACAGGGAAUAUCUAUGGUACCAAAUACCCGCUUUUGCUAUCACAUUACCUAUAUUUAGUUACUAUCUUUUUAUGGGAGCUAGCAAUUAUGGGGGUAGUAGGAGCUUUCCCGAUCCAACUAUCAUCUGGCCGAAAGGGAUAUGCUAUUCUUGUGAUAGGGAAUACCACUGGACCCCAGCCAAUAGAGAGUAUCCAUCAUCCUUUAAAAAUUAAGAGCAGUUUAUGUAUGAUAAUGAAGCGUUCGAUGAUUUGUGGGCUUGUUUCGAGGACGUAUCCUAACCCCACAGAGAAGACGGCCUUCUUAAUCCAUGUGUGAAGGGACUGUAAAGUAGCAAUGGAUGUUAUGGAUUAUUGUUCUGUAGCUGCAGGUAUGGGACUAGAGCUCUAUAAACUGGAUGGCUACCAAUAUGCUAGUAUUAACUUUCUUGUUGGUUCUAUAAGAUAAACAAGAUCUAUUUAGUUCUUCCUUUUUAGUGUACAAUAUUCUCUUCCUUAUUUAUAUUUUCCAGUGUCCCAUUAUCCUGGUCCUUUUACUCUUUUCGUGAUCUCAACUGGCCGCGCUCUUGUCUAAAUAUAGAUGAUCAUGGCCUAUGUGACUCGUCUUACCGCUGAUCACAGCCCUCAUCUCUACUUUUGUCUCCUAGGUUCGAGACCAGUCUGUGUCACAUCCUUAGUUGACUUUGUAUAUUCGGUCCAGUACCGGAUUUAAACAAUGACCAUUUCUUUGUGUACCCUGUUGGUACGUAAAUAUCAG